AUGAUCAGGACAAAGGCCAAAUCUCUCUAUGAUCAAACCUUGCCCGAUGAUGACGACAAAGGAGAUGCUGAAGAAGCAGCUAAAGACGAUCCUGACGAACCUCAAGCCAGUACUAGAUCUGCCACGAGUGAUUCGCCUCCUCGAGGACGAGGCUUUAUAGCCAGCAAAGGCUGGUUCGAUAAAUUUCAAAAGAGAUACGACCUCAAAAGCGUUCCUUUGUAUGGUGAUGCUGCCUCUGCCGACACCGAUGCUGCUCGUCAUUACGUGGAGGAUGAGUUUCCUAAGCUCAUCAGUGAUGGCGGCUACCUCCCUGAGCAAGUUUUUAACAUGGACGAGACAGGCCUCUUUUGGAAGAGGAUGCCUUCUCGUACAUUCCUCUUCAAGGAUGAAGUGAAGAGGCCAGGCUUCAAGGCCCACAAGGACCGUGUCACUCUCAUCAUGUGUGGCAAUGCUGCAGGCUUAAUGCUUAAACCAGGCCUUAUUUAUAAGGCCAAAAAUCCACGGGCCUUAAAAAACAAAAAUAAGGCUCUGCUCCCCGUGUAUUGGAUGCAUAACUCUAAGGCCUGGAUAACGAAAGCCCUGACCCUCGAAUGGUUCCUCCAUUGCUUCAUUCCCCAGGUGAAGCUGUAUCUGGCUCAGAAGGGCCUCCCUUUUAAGGUCCUUCUCUUGGUGGACUGUGCAGUAGACCAUGCAACAGACCUGCAAUAUGAUGGGGCUCAGAUCGAGUUUCUGCCCCCUAACACCACAUCUCUAAUUCAGCCGAUGGAUCAAGGUGUCAUUCGUGCCUUUAAGGCACUCUACACUCGUUCCACGAUGGAGGGCCUCAUCGCGGCAGUUGACGAUGACGACGAAGGCUUCACCUUGAAAAGGUACUGGCGUAACUACACCCUUGCAUCAUGCUUGACUAAUAUCCAGCAAGCAUUGAAGGACAUGAAAACUGAGACCAUAAAUUCUUGCUGGAAGAAAUUAUGGCCUAACGUGGUGCAUGACUAUGCAGGCUUCACUCCUGACGAAGUUCAUCACUCGGCGGUGGAGAAGGCGGUGAGGAUGGCUCGCAUCAUCAGGGAUGAAGGAUUCGUCGACAUGACGGAAGAAGACGUCAACGGCCUUAUCGAUGCCCACUCGGACCAACUGACAGAUGAAGACCUCCUUGAGAUGACAAAGUCUGCAAGUGAAGAAGAAAGCGAAGAAGAGCAAGACGAAGAAAUUGAAGAGCGUGGCCUUACCCUGGAGAACCUGCAACAAUUGUGCAACAUGGCAAGGGCAAUGCAACGAUUUGCACAAGACAUCGACGAUAAUGUGGUUCGAGCUGUCGAGUUUAGCAACAGUGUUGACGGGGUUAUGUCCUUGUACAAGGGCAUUUUGCAGCAAAAGAAAAAACAACGAAAGCAACUACCCAUCACCAUGUUCUUCUCCAAGUUAAAAACCCCAGCUACACCAUCAGCGCCGAGUGAACCUGAAGCCUCUACGAGUGGAGUGGGAGCCUCUUCUCUGCCACCACCAGCCUCUUUGCCUCUCUCAGAAGCAAAUGUUGACCAUGUAUAA